AGGAAGGAUGAGGCCUCCAUGCACAGCUGGGCUGCGCUAUAUAGAACACGUGCGGUGGAGAAAUAGCAUUUCCUAAGGGAGGAGAGAGGAUGGAGAGAGCAGUGAGAGAGAAAGAGAGCAACGAGAAGGAGGAAGGGCGAGAGGAAAGUGUGUGAAGCUGGCCCAGGCAGUCAAAGAUGGAAGUGUGGAGGAUUAGACGAAAGAGCUGAAAGAGCUAAGGAGACUUUUUUUAAUUUUUUUUUUAAUUUUUUACCUUCAGUUAGCAACGGAAGCAGCUAUGCAGGAGUCAACCUGGGAUCGUGUGGGUGCAGUAAGCCACAGGUAUGGCAUUGGUCCAGUCCCUUCCGGUGACUACUGACCACCAACGUCCAGGUCUGGAGAGCCGUAGGCAACGUUCUUCUCCUGUUUCACCACCCUCUCUAGGGGGGAUGGGCUCUGUAAGCAGUAUGAUCCCCAGUCAUGCCGCAUACCAUGGCCGGAACAACCUAGAGGUCACGGCUCAGCUCCGCCGGGGUACGCCAGGCUCAGGACGACUCCUGUCUGAUUCCUCUCAAGAAGGAAUUUUUGUAACUCGCACACCGUCAAGCAAGAGGAAAGCCAUUGCAGCUCGAGGGAAAGGAAUUGGCGGGCGAUCAUAUUCACAUGAAGAUUUGAUCACUGACUGGAACGAUAACUGGUUGAAUUCAGGCCAGAGUCAAGGAGAGAUGGGUGUGGAUGGGCCUCCUAAACUGGUCCCUGUUUCUGGGCAGUUAGAGAGGAACGUACAGCAGGCCAUCAUCCGUCCAACAGCUUUCAAGCCUGUGGUGCCAAAGAGCAGAAAUGCUAUGCAGUAUCUCUCGCCACGGCUAGGGGGAGGCUUAUCAGGGAGCCAGGGCAACCUCAGUGCACUCUCUCCAGAACAAGACAUCGUCAGCCCAGUAACCACAGAACGGCGCAGCUCCUACAGUGGAGCUCGGAAUGGCUUGUUCAGCCAGUCGUUCACUAUGACGGACUCAGGACGGAACUCAUUAACCAACCUGAAUGCAUACAAUGGCCCUGUUUAUGGUUUAAACCAAACAGAAGCUAGCAAGCCUGUGCUUAGCCACGGACACUCCAAUUCAGACAGUGGACGUUCAUCUUCAAGCAAAAGCACAGGGUCUCUUGGAAGUCGGAGUCAACCGGGUAUAUCGGACAUGGGAUCAGGUGGACCCUCUCCUCCACCAAUAGAGGCUUAUGAGGCCAUUGUGAGAGACUUGGAAGAAAAAUUGAGAGAGAGAGAGCAGGAGCUGCAGCACCUGAGAGAAAACCUGGAUGAGAAUGAGGUGGCUAUUUGUCAGGUGUAUGAAGAGAAACAGAAACGCAGUGAGCUAGAGAUGGAAGAAUUACGACAGAGCUGUGCCACUAAAAUGCAGAAAGCUUCCCAGAAGGCCCAGCGGGCGCAGCAGCUCCUUCAGUUCCAGAUCUUCCAGCUUCAGCAGGAGAAAAAGAAGCUGCAUGAUGAUUUUACGCAAGUCCUGCAGGAACGUGAGCGGCUUGAGGAACGCUGUGCCUCCUUUGAGCGGGAACACACACAACUGGGCCCAAGACUGGAGGAGACCAAAUGGGAGGUGUGUCAGAAGACAGGCGAGAUCUCUUUGCUAAAACAGCAGUUGAAGGACUUGCAAGCAGACCUGUCUCAGCGAGUGGGAGAGGUGGUGACACUACGAGGGCAGCUGCGGGAAGCACGGACUGAGCUUCAGAAUAGCCAAAGCCAACUGCAGGAGGCACACACCCACACGCGCACUCGUGCCCUCGAGCUGGAGGUGUGCGAGAACGAGCUGCAACGGCGCAAGAGCGAGAACGAGCUGCUGCGAGAGAAAAUGAACCGUUUGGAGGAGGAGUCAAUGAGGCUCCGCCAGGCUUUGAACGAAUACGCUGAGGCUUCACCUCUCAGAGGAGCAGGGGGUGGUGCAAGUAUUGAGGAGCAAAGGCUGGCAAGUGAUAGCGAGGAGGUCAAAGGUCAACGUGAGAAUGCCAGGCAGCAGGUGGAAAGACUGAAAGGUGAGCUGGCUCGCCAGAAGCAGUUGGUCGAUGAUCAAGCGGCGGCAUUUGAGAAUGAGCGCCAUUGCUGGGAAGAGGAGAAGGACAAAGUGAUUCGUUAUCAGAAGCAGCUGCAGCAGAAUUAUGUUCAGAUGUACCGGCGCAACCGGGAGCUCGAGGCGGCCCUACGUGAGCUUAGCCUGGAGUUAGAGAAACGAGAGCAGGACGAUGAGAGCAGCGGUAAUGAGGUCACCUUUGACGAUGUUGCUGCAACCGAGAUAUAACACUCUCCGGGCAAAAUUCUACUGGAGUUGUUCGUUCACAGUUGCAUAUUUAAUCGAUGCCCUGUUGACCCGGGCCAUCACUUUUGAUUUCAUAGCAGUAUCCAAAUACAGCUUUUUUGCUCACUGGUUGAAAUAUGCAUACAUGGGAUUCACUGACACUAAAACGUGGAUCUGUCAAUAAACUCAAAAGAAAAGUUGGAAAAAGAUCCGCAAUUGUGUUGGUUUUUUUUUUUCUUACCUGUAUUCUGAGAAAUCCCAUCUUCUGCACCAGGAUUGGCUAGUAGUUGUGUGCAGGGACUUCGCUGACUGGGCAGUUGAAAUGCCAGAUUGUGGAAAAUGCAGAAAUAUCCAAGAUAAGAGAUUUCUCAGAAUAUUGGUGGGGAAGUGGUACACCAUUGUUUCUCAAGAUCUAUUUUUGCUUUCAUUUCUACAGUCAUAUACUGUAAAAGGCUUCCAACUUACUGCCUAGUUAGUGGAAAAUUUAUCCUGGUUAGGGUUGGAACCAAAUCCCAGGGACAUUAAGCACAAGGCAGGAAUACAUCCUGGAUCUGAUUCCAGUUCACUACAUGGUAUAAUGCACAAACACAUCUGGCAAAUUCCUCUAUAAGCUCACCCUUUACCUAUUCUAAAUUAUUAGCAAUACAACAGUCACAGAUUUUCCAAAGCCCUUCUUCCCAUGUCUGUGGAUCCACCUGAACUAAAUGACAAUGACUAAAAUCUUAAUUUAUUUAUAUAUAUAUAUAUAUAUAUAUAUAUAUAUAUAUAUAUAUAUAUAUACACACACAAUUAUUCUAUUCACAUUCACUGGAUAUGAGCAGUCAUGCACUGUGAUUGGCUACUCUACUGCUAGGUUAUCAGCCCAUAUACCGUGAGUAGAGAAAAAACAAAAUGGCGGAGAGCAUCAAAUCAGAUAUAUCACUUUGUUAUCAAGUAUUUAAAAGAAACAGAAAUAGCUAAAAGAAUAUAAUUCCCCCUCCCAAUAGCGCCUGUUCCACACUCCAGCCCAGCCGGUGGCAGUAAUACACCUUUAAGUUGGUUUGCCAACUGCCAAAAAACCCUAAAGAAGAAGAAAAACAAAAUGGCGGAGCAUGUUACUGAACCAACUGAGGAUGAAAUAAAAACUCUACUCGAAAACAAAACUCCAAAAAUUGUCAUCAAGCAUUUAAAAGAAACAGAAAUAGCGAAAAUAAUAGUCCCCGCCCCCAUAUCUCUUGUUUCACACUCCAGCCCAGUCGGUGGCAGUAACGCACCUUUAAGUUGGUUUGCCAACCACCAAAAAAACCCUAAAGAAGAAGAAGAAGAAAACCCAAAAAAUAAAAAAAGCAACAAAAUAUGGAAUAAAAGUAUUUCAUGGUAAGAAUGUACCUUUUUAAUUUUUCAAGAAUUAUUAUUGUAGCAUUUUUUCACAAAUUGCUCCUGUCAUUUCGCUGGCCUGUUUACAUUCUAAGUGGAAAUGAUUUUGUUGGACGUUCUGUAUAAAGGUUUUAUUUAUCGAAUUUGCAAAAAAUAAAAAUGCUCCGUUUCUCAAAAUCCAGUGAAUGUGGAUAGAAUAAAACAGUUAUUCUACUCAAUCUCACCGUACACGGCUUAUAGACAACUCGGUGCUACGCGCCUCAUCGGCUAUCGCUCAUGUACGACUCGAUUUCAUGGAAUAAUUUAAAUAUUUUAACUCUUUUAAUUCAACCUAAUCCCCGACUUGAGAAUCAUCUCUGUAAUUGAAUUAUAAUAUUUUUUAUCAUUUUUAUUUCAUAUUCAUUGGAAUAAUAAACUUUUGACCCAAACGUAAAAUAAAUAAAGGUUAAAAAGCAACCUGCCUUUCCAACAUUAUCAUAUUGAACAUAAGUUCACAUGUACAGGAUCCUGAAGAGGUCAUUAAAGUUUGUAUUUUAUAUAUUUAGGUCACGAUUGUCACAUUUAAUGUGACUCUAUAGUAUAGGCUAAGUCAUCUCAACUGUCUUGAGAUGCUCUCUGUACAGUACGUCACACAAAGUGUAAAGUUCAAGUUUGUACGGCUCAUAUUUAUACUUUCUAUCUGCUUUCACGUGGAAUGUACGAUGCGACUGAUUGUUGCACUCGCCACAUCUGUUUGCCGCAUUUAAUGCAGUCGUGCUCAUAUACAGUGUGUAAGCUGUGAAAUUAAAAGUGACUGUUUAAAACCCUGAUUAUGGAAUGGUGUCUCAGGAGACAUCACUUCAGCAAUGUACAACUGCUUUGUCUGACCUUUGAAUGUUUUAUAGUUAAUUCAAAAGUCACUUAAGUGCACUUUGUACGUGAAGAGGUUGCGUGGUGAGAGUGUUUAUCCCACCUCAUUGUACAUCAGCUGAGAAGAUCUCCACCUCAUGAUGAAGUAACAAAAAGCAGCUGAAUUAAAAAAAAAAAAAAGCAGUGUUCCCAGACCAAAAGACGUGUGCGCGCGUAUGUAUACAGUUUGGAAAAAGAGGUUCAUGCGGGUUCUUUGGAGAUUUGAGGAUUCUUUGAUUCCUAAAAGGUUUAAAGCGAGACAGCCUUUCGAUUUCAAAAAAUUGAUGAAAUUUAGUUCCUUAACUUUAGUUUCCAUGCGCAUGAAAUUGCUCGCUUUGUGCAUUCAAGCAGACAGAGGAAGUCCGUGUGCGCAUGCGCAGGUUUACCUUCUUCUUCUUCUUUUGGGUUUUACGGCAGCUGGCAUCCACAGUGUUGCAUUACUGCCAUCUACAGGUUUACCUUUGAGCGUGCACUGACAGUUCCAUCAUUCUGUCGCUAAACGAACAGCUGAUCACACCGAGGUGCUCGCUGAGUGCCAAUAUUUAUUAGUUUGGUCCUGCGUUUCCUUUCCUUCGUAUAUAACAUAACGUCUUUUCUUCUCGCUUUCUUUCCGUUACUGUAGUCGGUCUUUCACGCUUCAUUCGCACGCUCACGUCCUCCAUUUUUCUCUCCUGUUUCAAAUUUGUAUCCCACAAUUGUUUGCCUUGCGUGAAUGGGGAAAGCCCACCACGUGAUGCAUGACGUAGUAUCUUGUAUUGGGUCAUGGUGAAGCAGGAAAAAAUAGCGGAGAAUUUAGGGCCACAUGGCCUUAAAUUCAUUAACUGUUCUAUUUAAAAAACCUAAUAAAAUUGGAAGUCUGUCGAAUUCAGUAGCUUUCGGUCCACUAAACAAAAAUAAUUGUGUGUCGGGGAAAAUUCUUUUUAUGACCUACACUUGAAAAAUCUGAAAAGCAGUCUAGCUUUAAACUGUUGUGGAAAUACUCUGUUAUAGAAACUUUAAGUGUUUCCUCAGUGGGAUGAGCUGAAAAUCUAUUUCGCAUGGGUGGACAAAUCAGUAACCUGGGACAAGCAGGGACAAACAGAUUUCAUGUCUGGUUGAUUCGGGUUUUUUAUUUAGUCACCUGGUGGACAAAUAGGUUAACUUACUCUUGAUUGACUUUCACUAAACCCAUCAUCAACAUACCGUAACUCUCCUGCCAACACAACAUGCAGUCAGCUUACAUUUUAGAUAUCUAGAAAAAUAGACACAAACCAGGCUCAAAUAGUAGAUUUUAUAUGUGAUGAAAGAAAAAAAAAACACACUACAUAUCGUAUACACUCACUGGCCACUUUAUUAAGAACACCCAUACAUCCACCUGCUGUUUGAUGCAGUUCUCUAAUCAGCUGAUCCCUUAACAGCAGCGCGAUGCAUCAAAUCAUGCAGAUACAAAUCAAGAGCUUCAGUUAACGUUCACAAUGUUCAAACAUCAGAAUGGGAAAAACUGUGAUCUCACAGUGAAGUGUGACUUUCUUUCACUGUGGCAUGGGUGUUGGUUUGAGCCAGAUGGACUCAAGUCCAGCCAGGAUCUGGUCUUCCCAGGCAGUCUCCCAUCCCAGUACUAACCAGGCCCUUAAAGCGUAUGGGUGCGGCGCCGAUCUCCACUUCUGUAACCCUUGGCCUCUCGUCUAUUAUACAGCUAGGAUUACAGUAGGGGGCUGGUUCUCUGAUAACCACAAGAGUCUGACUCCCCACUCGCAUCUGUAUUGCAGCGUGCUUUGCCAGACAGCAGUAGGUACCAUUUUUAUGAUGGUCUUUAGUAUGACCUGACAACGAGGCGGGCACGCUAACCAUUAGUCCAGCUCAUGGUUGCCAAAUGGACUGGUUUGAGUAUUUCAGAAACGGCUGAUCUCCUGGAGUUUUCACACACAACAGUCUCUAGAGUUUACACAGAAUGGUGCCAAAAAUAAAAUAAAAAAAACAUUGAGUGAGUGAGUGAGUGAGUGAGUGACAAUUCUGUGGGUGGAAACAAACAUCUUGUUGAUAAGAGAGGUCAGAGGAAAAUGGACAAAUUGGUUUGAGCUUUUUUGCCAGGAAGGAUAUAGCAACUCGUAUAAUCACUCUUUACAACCGUGGUGAGCAGAAAAGCAUCUCAGCAUGCAACAGAAGACAGAAGAACACAUUGGGUUCCACUCCUGCAGCCAGGAACAGGGAUCUUAGAAUAAAGAACAAGUUCCUAUUAAAGUGUCCGGCGAGUGUGUGAAACAUUGGCCAAUGACUUGCUGACUUUUGUUGUGACUUGAUGCCACAUACUUGACAAUCUACAUGAUCAUCUACUUUAUUCAUUUCACUUAGUCAUUGUACCAGGGAGUGACGUAGUGGUUAGCGUGUCCGCCUCUCGAUCAGGAAAUCACAAGUUCUACUCACACUUGGGUCAUACCAAAGACCAUUAUAAAAAUAGUGCCUUCUGGCAAGGCACGCUGCAAUACAGAUGCGAGUGGGGAGUCAAACUCUUGCAGUUACCAGAGGACACCCCCCCACCCCCCCUUAACUCUAGGUGAGAGGCCGAGGGGUACGAAACGGAGAUUGGUGCCGCCAAAUGCGCCAUAAAAUGGUGCGGGAAGGACUUUGACUUAGUCAUUACUAAUAAACUUAAUGCUAACUACUACUUUUUAACCUCAUCAAAAGACCAAAACAUGGUCCAGGAUGAGCACAUUCCUUCCCUGUUGGGCUGGGUAAUGAAUUCAUGAUUUGUCCACCCCUGUUUUUGGAUUCGAGAUAGAACCUUUUCUCAAAGAGUGAAGUAAAACAAACAAGAAAAACAAAAUCUUUGGAUCAAGUAAGGUCCAAAAGUCUGAGUUCACCACCAAAAAUUAGCCUUAUUAACCCCUCCAGAACACUGAUCAUCAGCUUAUUAUGUGGUGUUUCUUUUCAGGUCAUGAAAAUUGAACAAAAGUUUCAGUCCAUUUGAAAACACUGAAGCUACAGACACUCACUGACUUAUUUGUAUUAUUAUCCAGUAAGGCACACAUGGUAAAUAUUUGAAUAGUUUGAAUGAACAAUGGUACUUAAUUUUAUGACCUCAAAUGGAAAACUACCCAGUAGCUAUUCUGUUUGGAAGCCAAAUAGCACUGUCUGUGUGAAAUUUGCGUCUGGCUAAGGAGUGGCAAGAGUAAAAGGCAAAACCAGGUGAUAUAUACAGUCCUGUGCAAAAGUCUUAGGCACAUGUAAAGAAAUGCUGUCGACCAAAAAUGGCUUAAAACAUAAUGAAAUGAAAUGAAAUGUUUCAACAUUAAAAAAAUACUAUAAACAGUAAUCAGUAAGCUGUAAUGAAACAAAGUCAAUAUUUGGUGUGAGACGACUCUUUGCUUUAAAAUAAAAACAGUAGUCUGAGGUCCAGUGAGGUCAGUUUUAUGUGGAAAUGAUCUGUAGGUUUUCCUGAGCAUCUUACAGAACCAGCCCCAGUUCUUCUGGACACUUUGACUGUCACACUCACUUCUUCAUUUUACACCAAAACCCAGCAGCCUUCAUUAUGUUUUCUUUUUUCAUCUGAAAAGUGUCUCUUAUGCUGCUCAGAUACAAACAUUUUUUUUCCUGUAACCUUUAAUUUUGUGCUGGAAAAAAAAUGAACGUUUUGAACUCUAAAAUGUUCUUGUACUGUUUUGACUCGAUAAUGUAGAAGUCAUAAAAUAGAAAUCUAUAACAAAGUUUGUACGAAAAAAAGGGAUGCCUAAAAUUUUUUGCACAGUACUGUAUGUCAUGACAGUAGAGUAAUUCGUUGAAUUGACUUCAACCAGGAAAUUUACUUCCUCAAACAAAGCAGUAAUUAUAUAUAUAUUAGUGCUGUCAAGUGAUUAAAAUAUUUAAUCGUGAUUAAUGUCGCGACUGUCGUAGUUAACUCGCGAUUAAUCGCAAUUUAAUCGCACAUUUUUGUCACAUGAAAAACCAUUGUAAUUCUCUUAUCAGCAUAAAAAAGUGAAUGGGCUUGCUCACCGUUCGAACUACGGGGUACACGGGGGAUCCGAGAUCCCCUGAAACAGACAUGAGAUCCCUUGAAAACAUGAUUUGGGAAAUGUUGGGGGGUCUCUAAAAUAUUGGCAAAAUGAUGUUUAUUGACAUAGCAAUCGUGUGUAACGGGAAGCAUUUGCAUAUCCGAAGUGAGCGUGCGAUGGAGAUCUGCGCUCUGAGACAAGCACAAGCACCCCCCCCCAUAAGGGACCCCCCUGAAAAUAUCGGCAUAGUUCGAACACUGGUUGUACCAAUGUUUUUUUUUUUUUAUUGCAGAGCAUAACACGUCUCGUCACAGCCACUGCAAAGUGGGGCUGGAGCCGCCGAUGGGAAAACGAAACCUAAGCCGAGCACCGUGGCUCUUCGGGGGAGGGCAGAGGACUCUGGCUGUGCGGGGCGUGGCAUCAUGUCACAGAGCGUUAAUCUCGCAAUAAAAAAAUUAUUGCCGUUAAAAUUGAGUCAAGUUAACGCGUUAAUAACGCGACAUUUUUGACAGCACUAAUAUAUAUAUACACACACACACAUGGAAGACUGUUUUAAUUGUAUUACUAGAAGAUGUUAUCUGUUAAAGCGAAACAGCCUUUCGAUUUCCUAAAAUCGGUGAAAUUUAGUUCCGUCUGAAAUGUGGUGAUUGUGAUAUCUGUUUAUUUCUGUAAUAUCUCACACAAUAUCAGGCCAUUCUGUGGCUGGAAAGUUAUUUAAUUUGAGGGGAUUAAAGCAAAUAAUGUGCAUGAAAUCGCUCGCUUCACGCAGUCAAGCAGACAGAGGAAGUCCGUGUGUGUGCGCAUGCGCAGGUUUCCCUUUGAGCGUGCACUGACAGUUCCAUCAUUCUGUCGCUAAACGAACAGCUGAUCACACCGAGGUGCUCGCUGAGCGCCCAUAUUUAUUAGUUUGGUCCUGCGUUUCCUUUCCUUCGUAUAUAACAUAACGUCUUUUCUUCUCACUUUCUUUCCGUUACUGUAGUCGCUCUUUCACGUUUCAUUCGCACACUCACGUCCUCCAUUUUUCUCUCCUGUUUCAAAUUUGUAUCCCACAAUGCCUUGCGUGAACGGAGAAAGCCCACCACGUCAUGCAUGACAUAGUAUCUUGUAUUGGGUCAUAGUGAAGCAGGAAAAAAUAGCAGGAAUUUAGGAACACAUGGAGAUAAAUUCAUUAAUUGUUCUAUUUAAAAAAAAUAAUGAUAAUAAAAUUGGAAGUCUGUGAUUCGAAUUCAGUAGCUUUCAGUCACUAAACAAAAAUAAUUGGGUGUCGGGGAAAAUUCUUUUUAUGACCUACACUUGAAAAAUCUGAAAGGCCUUUAAGUUUGGUGAGAUAUAUUUAUGAUAUCAUAACAUUAAGGUGUCAAAGGAUAUAAUAAUAAUAAUAAUAAUAAUAAUAAUAAAACUUAUUUUUUCAGCUUUUUGACUGUUCAGCCAUAGUUACAAGACAGUGAGUGUAGAGUUUGGUAAUGAUGAAGGAAGAGCAAACCUUACGUUAACUAAAGUUAUCAUGACAUGAGUUUGAACACUGGGUGACACUCAUUAAUUGCCAGCAAUUUACAUGGAUUUAUUUUAAUCAUAGAUGGAAUUGAAAUGAUGAAUUCAAAUAAAUAUGAAUUAACACUUGUGUAUUUACUAAUUCUGACAUUCAUAGUUUGUUUGUGGUAACUAAUGCCAUAAAUAAAUGUUAGUUAUGGAAAUUUUAAUGUUAAUAAAAAAAAAACACUUGCUAGUGGUUGUAGACUUUUCAACUCUAUCUUACAUCUAAUAUUUGGCAUGUAAACAAAAUGAAAUGUAUAAAGUGAAAAUAAAUGUGUAUUUUAUCACAAAUUCCCUCAGAGAGGCCACUUUAUAUACUGUGAAGCACAAGUGUGUUCUGCCAAAUCUCAGUUUCCUUGCCAUGGGAAACUCUUUUCACCACCAUAAAUAUCUACUAAGGUAUAUAAUGUUAAGGUAUAAAAGGAAAAACAAACAUCCUAAUCUCGAUACUUGUAAUAUACCUGUAUAUGGACACACGUUAGAUAUUUGGUAAUAUAUUGUUGUAUAAAAUAGAGUAGGUCACUGUGAGUAGACCAAAGCAUUGUCACGUAUUUGGUGUGGUGUUUUGACGUUAAUGUGGUGAAAGUGUCAGAGUGCGAUUCCUAUAUACAUUUUUAAAAAAAUAUUACAGUAUUUGUAUGAAGCCAUGAUAUUGUAUUUUUUCAUGCUGUAUAUUUCUGACUGUUUCUAAUAAAAAUAAAACAUCUGGUCAAUAAA